CACUAGUUCGUAUAGUCUGCUACGUCGCUGUCAAAAUUAUCCGUUUACGCGUGUACGUGUGUAAUUAGUAGGAAUAAAGUCAACACGUAAAUAUACGGGCGGAUAUCAAAUAAAAUGGCUAUUUGAACGGUAUUUUGUUACUUGACACGUGAAAAAUGCGACAUUAAUCGGAUUUUGUAAAAUUUUUGACUAUAAAUAUGUUUUGAAGAAAAAUGCCAUCUGAAACAAAUGCCAUGGGCAGUGUUUCCAAGCAAGAGGAGGAUAUUGAGAAAUCUAAUGAACAGCCUGUCACAUCAAGGACUUUAAGUUCUACAAUCCAAGAAAUAUCGAGUGUAUCUACAAAUCAUACAAAUAUUUAUGUAGUAAAUGUUAAUAGUGACCAGGUAUCUAUAUCAGAUAUCAGAACUAAAUACUUGAACUCAGCUGGAGAUGCAGUUUCAUCAGCUACUGCUAGUUCUGUAGCAGAAAGUGAUUCGCCAGAAAUAGAUGCUCUGUGCCACGAAGAGAUGACAAAUUCAAAGGCUGAUAACGAAGACGACGAAUCAUUGGACAUUACAAGUGCAUCGGCAUUAGCUAAACAAACCGAGGAGAAUAACGACGAGGCGAAUAAAAAAUCGAUUGUCCUUGCUCACAGAAAUCUGUCCAGGAAGAAGUGCUUGCUGACAGAGAAUAUUUCUGAAAUUCGUCAUAACAUCUCAGAGCUGACGGCGCGCUCCGACAGUCUCUUGGACUCUGAAGAAGCUUGUGGCAAAGAUGUAGCAACGGAGGAAAGUGAUGGUAUCAUUGUACAGUGCAAAGGUCUUGAGGGAAAUGCGGGUGAUCCGUGUAAAGGCGGAUCUGAUGACGAUGUUGCGUCGGGGCAUAAAUCAGUGAAGGAUCACGCAGUGCCGCGCAAAGUAUCCUUAAAAGAUAACGACGUCACUGUGUACCAUGGCCAAGUGACGAACGUAUUAUUGAAAACGUCUAGCGAUUACAACGAAGACGACGACGACGACGAUGACGACGACGACGACGACGACGACGUACGUAAUGACGCGAAUCUAUUAACGGACGGAUUAGCAUCUCUGCCUUCACACACGUUUAAGGAACCGUUGGAUUCACAGGGUGCUUUACUGACGCGUUGUAGCGACGUGACCAACGGUGCGAGAACAUCCGCGGCGGACAAUAAUAAUAAGGGUAGAAACUCCCUGGAGGAUGCGGUCGACGGGAAUGAGGCGGCUGUCUUGCUGGGGCGCAAAGGGUCGCGAGACGACGUGACUUUAUCGCGCUACAACGACACCGCGAGUACGAGCAAGCCGUUCAAACUGCCAAUCUUAGAGAAAAUGCACAAAACUGCCAAUGUACAGCCGGCCGAGCUCGAGGAGAACGCAGUGGCGCUCUUGGAGUCGUCAUUUGCCAGACAGGAUCAUUUGGAGGAAGUGCGUUGCCUGGAUCUGGAGCCUCGUUCGUCGAGCGAGGAGAGCAAUUCGGACAUGGAGUCGUCUCAGCACGCGAGCCGCAACGACGUGAAGAAGAGACAAUGCAGGCCCAACGGAGUUGUGACGCAGGAGGGAGUGGAGUAUUAUCAACUUUGGCGCAGUAGAGGCGGACUGUCGUCCCCCGAGUCCUUGUACGAGACCCUCUACCCGAUGCCGCCACCACUUCCGCCGAGGGCCGCACACCGGCCGUUGCACAGGAGUAACGCUUUGCCGAGCGGCGCGCCCGAGUUACCCAAGAGGCAUUCUCAGAGGCACCCUACGCCACUGCAUCCCGAGGACUGCUUCGGUUUCGAGAUCGUGGACGUUGACGAGGCCUCGAAUCUUAAGUUGAGGACAGCGGUUACGAAGAGCAUCGCGUUGUUGAGCUCGCCGAGGUCGCACAGGCAACGAGAGAGGCCGGAAUCGGCCAAUCAGUUGGAGUGUCCACCUACGCCUACGCAUCGACCCAAACCUUUGUGCCCGUUGCCUGUCUGCCAAACGUCCAACGUAUCAUUAUCUUCGGAGGAGCCUCUGCCGCCGUCUUGGGAAGCGAGGAUCGACAGCCACGGCCGAGUGUUCUACAUAGAUCACAUCAAUCGCACGACUACGUGGCAGAGGCCGACGCGCUUAACGACGCGCAACACCGGCUGCGACCUGCGGCGGCAACAGCUGGACAGGCGUUACCAAAGCGUGCGACGCACCAUUUCGCGGCCCGACAACAUCGACCGCGAAGCGAACAAUUCGAACGGCAAUCAUUUCGAGAACACCGAGCGAACGCCGAGCGAGCGUGCCGAGCCCUUCGACAUCACUACGAUACCGCCGGUGUUGUUCCUGACGCGGCCCGAUUUCUUCACCGUGUUGCACACUAACACGGACGCCAUGGAGGUCUACAACCGCAAUCCGAGUUUGAAGCACAUGAUCAGCCGAGUCAGAAGGAACCCGUUGAUUUUCCCGAGGUACGAGCACAACCGAGACCUCGUCGCCUUGAUCAACUUCUUCGCCGAUCCGGGCAAGGAGUUACCGAGAGGAUACGAAUCGAAGCUCGACCGAACGGGCAAGAGAUUUUUUAUAUGUCAUGCUAGAAAGGCGACCUCUUUUAUCGAUCCACGAUUACCUACCGAAUCCGCACACGUGCGAACGUUGCUGGACGAAGCUCCUGUACCGCCGCCUAGGCCGCAGCAGUCGUCCGUAACCGCUACGCCCGACAUACCCGUGGCCUACAAUGACAAAGUAGUCGCUUUCCUACGUCAGCCUAAUAUAAUAGAUAUUCUGAAGGAGAGACAUUCCGCAUUAGGGCAGAAUAUCGCGCUGCGGGAGAAGGUUAACACUAUUAGGGUCGAGGGAACCACAGCGUUACAGAGAAUGGGACACGACGUUCCUCUGGCGUUAUUGCUAAGUUUAUUUGAACAAGAGAUCAUGUCGUACGUACCUGGUAGUAUGGGUAGAUCUCCGCUCGGUAGUCCGCACGCGUCACCCGGCUUGACGAGGGCUUCCGCCAGAGCCCCGGCGCCGUACAGAAGAGAUUUCGAGGCCAAACUUCGGACGUUCUACCGAAAGCUCGAGAGCAAAGGCUACGGCCAAGGCCCGGGUAAAUUGAAGUUGCACAUUAGGAGAGAACACUUGCUCGAGGACGCUUUUACGCGUAUAAUGGCCGCGUCGAAGAAAGACUUGCAGAAAGGUAAACUGGUGGUGAUCUUCGACCACGAGGAGGGUUUGGAUUACGGCGGGCCGUCCCGAGAAUUUUUCUUUCAUUUGUCGCGCGAGCUGUUCAAUCCUUAUUACGGAUUGUUUGAGUACUCGGCCAACGAUACUUACACCGUGCAAAUCUCGCCGAUGUCGGCUUUCGUGGACAACUAUCACGAUUGGUUCCGCUUUUCGGGCAGGGUUCUAGGCUUAGCGUUAGUCCACCAAUAUCUGCUCGACGCGUUCUUCACUAGGCCAUUUUACAAGGCGCUCCUAAGGAUACCGGCGAGCUUGAGCGACCUGGAGAGCUUGGACCAGGAGUUCCAUCAGAGUCUGAUGUGGAUCAAAGAGAAGGACAUCAGCAUCGAGCCGUUGGAGCUGACGUUCUCGGUGACGGAGGAGCUCCUAGGUCGAGUUGCUGAGCGCGAGUUGAAGCCAGGCGGCAGGAACAUCGCGGUCACCGAGAAGAACAAGAAGGAGUACCUCGAAAGGGUGGUGCGUUGGCGUCUGGAACGCGGCGUGGCCGAGCAAACGGAGUCGUUGGUCCGUGGCUUCUACGAGGUGGUGGAUCCGCGCUUGGUGUCAGUUUUCGACGCCCGCGAGCUGGAGCUAGUGAUCGCCGGCGCGGCCGAGAUCGACCUGAACGACUGGCGAACGCAUACCGAGUACAGGAGCGGAUAUCACGACGCGCACCCGGUAGUAGAGUGGUUCUGGAGCAGCAUUAGCCGGUUCACCAACGAGCAACGCUUGCGAUUACUGCAGUUCGUUACCGGCACUUCGAGCAUUCCGUACGAAGGAUUCGCGGCGCUGCGGGGCUCCACGGGACCGAGGAAGUUCUGCAUCGAGAAAUGGGGCAGGCCGAACAGUUUACCAAGGGCGCAUACAUGUUUCAAUCGCUUGGAUCUCCCACCUUAUCCCACGCCCGAGAUUUUAUACGAAAAACUGUUGUUAGCCGUGGAGGAGACGAAUACCUUCGGCAUAGAAUAAAGCAACGCGCGCAUUGAAUUUAUAAAUUAUAAAGAAUUUGUACAAUCGAUAGAAUAUACGACGAGUCGCACUUUCUCUUAA